AUGUCCGAAACUUCUCAUGAUCCUACUUCUACGAGCAAUGAACUUGUGAUUUGGAAAUAUGAUAAUCCUUAUGCGAAUUAUAAACUUGAUCCUGAACGAAUCUUUUUAUUAAAUGGAUAUACACUUCGAAUAAAUCAAAAAUUAAAUAAUAUUGUCGACAUUACACAAAAUACUGGGAAUUUAGUUUGGGAUGGCGCAUAUAUAUUAAGCAAAUAUAUUGUAAAUAAUCUUAAAAAUGAUGCAACAUUUCGUGAAAAUAUUAAAUACGCUGCACCAUUUAACGAGAUACGAUUUUUGGAAUUGGGAUCAGGGUGCGGACUGGCUGGAUUAUCAACAUGGAUUUUAGGUGGAUUUGUUGUAUGUAAACGAUUUAAUUCGGAAUCUAAUUUAAAAAAUAAAAAUAAAUUGGAUGUUGGAUUGCGUGGAGAAGAUAUUAAUGUUUUUCCAUUAAAUUGGGAAGAAUUGCCUCAAGACUCUUCAAACCCACUACACAUAUCGAAUAUGCUUCCGUUUGAUAUUAUUCUCGCAUCGGAAAUCAUUUACUUGUUUCAUUUACACAAAUCGUUAAUUAAAACAAUAAAAUAUUUUAGUCAUCUACCUUGUGACACUUUAGAAGGAAGGAAAGAAAACCGAAGAACUUUGGUAUUAGGAAUCUAUAAAGAUCGUGGAUUAGGUGAAUCGACCUUUUUUGAUAUUGCUAAUAAAUUUGGUAAAAUGAAAGUUAUUUGGAUUGAUAAUAAUUGGAUGAUAAAAGAAUUUAAUAAUUAUUCUCAAGAAUAUAAAAUGUUUUGGCUUAUUCCUUUUGAAUAA